AUGCAUUACUUUACCGCAUCGUUCAUGACCGUUUUGGUUAUGGCUAUCCACAUGCAAACGUCGAAUGCUUUGCCUCUUACGGAUACGGAAGCUAAUAUGAUUACUGCAAGCGACCCGGAGACAUUGUUUGAAGGAGCUGAGCAUGUAAGAUCACGAGAGCCAACGGAAGAGGAAUUACGAGAAAUGGCGAAGAGCAUAGGCGAGGAUGUAGGGCUUCGGGGACAGAAUUCUUUGGCUGCUUUGCUUGAAGGGUCACCACACGACGCAUUGUACAAACUAGCUGAGGACCAAGCAACGUCUUCUCGUGCAUAUAAUAGAGAAGAUGAUCCUCGAGUAGCCACCAAUGCAGCUACUGGUGGUGGUGAUGAGCUAGUUUUCGGUGGCAGUGAAGGCACUACUAGCGAGGUUGCUUCGACUGGUCCGUAA